GGAAUAGAAGCAUGCUAACGAGAGGAUCAUUUCCCUGAAAUUCAGGUUUUCAGGCUGACUGCCAUUAUGGCUUUGUGCGAUUCCACUGUCAGCCAGCCUCAUUGCUAAGUAUCUCUGCACCCGAUCGUUCUCAGACUGACCACCUUUGCCUAUGAAUCUCUCUGGCCACUCCUUUGCCUUAGAAGACUUCAUCUGUGCAGCAGGAAAAGUAAAAAAAACAAAACAAAGCAAAACACCCCUGCACGAUGAGCAGCAAGCUUUGAAUUCAAUCAUGCAAGACCUGGCUGUACUUCAUAAGGCCAGUCAUCCUGUGCUGCCCCUACAAGAAACAGGAAAACCCAAAUCAUCUUCACCUAAGAAACAGAAUGACGUUAGAGUCAAGUUUGAACAUCGAGGUGAAAAAAGAAUCCUGCAGUUUCCGAGACCUGUCAAGCUAGAAGAUCUUGCAGCUAAAGCUAAAGUUGCUUUUGGACAGCCUAUGGAUUUGCAUUAUAGCAAUAAUGAGCUGGUGAUUCCGUUAACCACACAGGAUGAUUUGGACAAAGCUGUUGAACUGUUAGAUCGUAGUGUUCACAUGAAGAGCCUCAAAAUAUUGCUUGUAGUGCAUGGAAAUACACAGUCUCCCAGUGUGAGUAACAUGGAACCCCUUUCGUCACUGGAAGAUUUGAAUAACACAGUGUUUGGAGUAACAGAAAGAAAAAGCAAGCUUCCUGUAAUAGGUUCUAAUACGCGUGAUAGAAGCUCGCCUCCCCCAGGAUACAUUCCCGAUGAACUGCACCAGGUGGCCCGAAAUGGAUCAUUCACAAGUAUCAACAGCGAAGGCGAGUUCAUUCCAGAAAGCAUGGAUCAAAUGCUGGAUCCAUUGUCCUUAAGUAGUCCUGAGAACUCUGGCUCAGGAAGCUGCCCCUCCCUUGACAGCCCUUUAGAUGGAGACAGCUACCCCAAAUCUCGGAUGCCGCGGGCACAAAGCUAUCCAGAUAAUCAUCAGGAAUUCUCAGAGUAUGACAUCCCAAUAUUUGAGAAAUUUGGAAAAGGUGGGACGUAUCCCCGAAGAUACCAUAUUUCUUAUCAUCAUCAAGACUACAAUGAUGGUCGUAAAACUUUUCCAAGGGCCAGGAGGACCCAAGGAAACAGCUUCCGGUCUCCAGUUAGUUUCAGCCCUACUGAUCACUCAUUGAGUACAAGCAGUGGAAGCAGCAUCUUUACUCCAGAGUAUGAAGAUAACCGAAUGAGAAGAAGGGGAAGUGACAUAGACAAUCCUACCUUGUCAGUGAUGGACAUCAGCCCACCCAGCCGCUCACCACGAGCUCCAACUAACUGGAGACUUGGCAAGCUUCUGGGUCAAGGUGCAUUUGGCAAAGUAUAUCUAUGCUAUGAUGCUGAUACAGGAAGAGAAUUGGCAGUUAAACAAGUUCAGUUUGACCCUAACAGUCCAGAAACCAGCAAGGAAGUAAAUGCACUUGAAUGUGAGAUUCAGCUGCUGAAAAACCUGCUCCAUGAGAGAAUUGUUCAGUAUUACGGCUGCUUGAGGGAUCCCCCGGAAAGAACCCUCUCCAUAUUCAUGGAGUACAUGCCAGGGGGUUCUAUCAAGGACCAGUUAAAAGCAUACGGAGCGCUCACAGAGAAUGUGACCCGAAAAUACACCCGACAGAUUCUGGAGGGAGUUCACUAUUUGCACAGUAACAUGAUUGUACAUAGAGAUAUUAAAGGAGCAAAUAUUCUGCGAGAUUCAGCAGGCAAUGUGAAGCUUGGAGAUUUUGGUGCCAGCAAACGACUUCAGACUAUCUGCCUCUCUGGUACGGGAAUGAAGUCGGUCACAGGGACUCCAUACUGGAUGAGUCCUGAAGUUAUCAGUGGAGAAGGAUAUGGCAGAAAAGCAGAUAUCUGGAGCGUAGGUUGUACCGUGGUAGAAAUGCUCACUGAGAAACCCCCGUGGGCGGAGUUUGAAGCAAUGGCUGCCAUAUUUAAAAUUGCCACCCAGCCAACAAACCCACAGCUGCCACCUCACGUCUCGGACCAUGCUCGGGAUUUCCUGAAGCGGAUUUUUAUUGAGGCCAAGCUGCGACCAUCUGCAGAUGAACUGCUAAGGCACACAUUUGCACAUUAUCACUAACAGCCUGCCUCAACCCAGCUUGCAUCUACUGCAUUUAUUUUCUAUUUGACUGCACUUUUAUUUUUUACAAAAAGGAGCGAGAAGACAAGAGAGAACCGUUCUCUUGAAUCUGUUUCACUCGGAUUGUAAACAAUCUAAAUUUUGUAUUUAGGAUGAGGAUCUUUUCUCCCCUACCAGGACUAGAACCUUUUUAUUUCUACAGUGUACUGAUGUGGUCCGCAUAGAUAAAGCACUUUAGUACUUAUUUGUUCCUUAUUUGAGGGGAAAACAAGGACAAAUGAUUUGGACUCUUGAGAACUGUGUAACUUUUUCUAGCACCCUGAUUGACUGAGGGUGGAGGGAAAAUACACGUGCAACAAGAAGACAGGGAGAAGAAAAUUAUUGAUCUGUGAUUGUCCUUUGUACUGUAGGUAGUUACUACUGAGGGUUCUACGUUUUGUUUUAGCUUGUUAAUCAGUUUUCUAAGGCUGAAACCCGCAGAUGUGGAAACUAAUUAGGAUGCUGAAACAACUUACAAUCCUCAGCAAAGCAUGCUCUGCACAGCAGAGCUCCUUCCUAGCACUGCCUUUGUGACCAAAAGAAAACAGCAGACCGGAGCAUAACCCUAAUUUGCAAGUAGGGGGGAGAAAAGGUUGGGGUAGAGUUGUUACCUUACUGUAACGAAAUGAGAGUAAUGGGUAAACGUAUUGCAGAUCCACACUCUUGGAGAUGACAGUGCUACAAGGGGAAGUCUCCAUAAUACAGGAACAAAAAAGUAACCAAAAAGGUCUCUUGUUUGAUCAGAACAGCAGAUCAGGAAGACUUCUACCCUGCAGCUGCCAAAGAUACCUCCUUACUGUAUAAGUUAAGAGUGGCUUAAGUCAGUUCCCUUACAUAACACUUAGGUGCAAAGGAGUGCAAGAGAGAAUUCCCCUCUACAAUCUACUGAAGAGUAAAGGAAGAAAACAAAUCCUUGCCCUCUGUAUGAAUCAUGACUCGGAAGGACCUAUAAGAUGCAAGAGGACAAGUGCCAAAAAAUGCAGUUUAUUUUCUUGCAUAUAACAUGCCCCCGAAUAUAAUACACACCUUAUUUUUGACAGGUUUUAUGGAGAAUUUUUUCCCCAAAGUUACAGUUGCAGAGAGAGCCUAAUCUUCAACUGACUCACCCUCUCUUUUUCCUGCUAAGCUAAAACCCUAGCUUGUGUUGAAGGACUGGUCUUGGAUGGACCUUUAGUCAUGAAGAUAAUUAAAAAGCUGUGAAAUGGAAGACCGGAUCGGAAGCCAUGGCAGACAGCAAAAUUCCUCUAAGAAAGGCUGGCUUCAUUAGUGGAACAGCAAUACCAUUGAAAAGGAGAGAUGAUCUUUAACACCUGUGAAGUGAAGAACAAUGGGCCAUUGGUUCCUUCAGCUGCCUGAAGAGUUGGUGUCCGAGGUGCUGCCCUGUGGAGCAGGGAUCAAAGCAGGGUGCUUCUAUCCCAGGUGAAAAAUCAGCUUCCUCACUUAAUACAUGCAUCCCAAUUUGGGAGGGCAUAAUUUUAAGGGAAAAGGUGUGUGUUGCAUGCAAGAAAAUCUAGUACGUGCAAGAUUACAUGUCUGAAUACAAUAGCCCUGUUUCAAACUGUUUUCAAUUAGAUUGUUUAAUUACCUGGUCUGGUCACCUAAGAUGUCUGCAGAGCUCCUGAGAUGAAAGUAAUUCUAAGUUUAAGCAUUUCAGGCCAGUGAGUUAGUGAAAAGAAAGACUUCUCUGGUUAUAUUUCUUGUCCAGCACCAGUGAUAAUAAUGCAGCUUUAAAUUUGUACUUUCCUAGGCAAUCCUUGAUGUUUCUAUAUUGAUUGCUCACAAAGUCAGUGGAUUUUUAAAACCUUUGCUCUGAGUCUUCAGAAAAGAAAACAUUCCCCCAAGAAAACUGGAACAUUUUAAGCUGCACGUGUGACCCCAGCAACGAUACAUUAGCACAGAAACUUUUGAAAACAGUCUAAAUAAAGAGCAGCAGCAUGUAGAUCAAACUAAGCUUUGAAUAUUAAAGAAAUGGCCAAAAGUGCAAAAAGAAAACAUGACUGAACAGGAUGAGUCUCUGAUUUUAACAAUCCAGAUCCAACUGUAAUCUGAGACAAUCGUAUCAGGUGUAUUCAUCUUUUCUAUCUCAAAUAGAGAAUGAUAAGUGAAUACAACACAAUUCUGAGACACUGUCACAGGGUCCUUGAGAAAUUCUGGGAUUGUGUAUUAAUGGAUUUCACUACAGAACAAGGACCUGAGGACUGAAGUUUGAUGCAUGCUGGUAGAAAUGAUUCAAGAUUGCCUCUUUCUCUCCCUGUACUUAAACUAAAUAGGUUGCUACUUCAGCCCUCAAUCUGCACUGACAAGGUCCUGUAAAAUGGUCCCAAGGGUCCUCUUUGCCUUAUAUCCUCAAGAGGACUUAUUAAAAGCUUAAGGUGUCUGAAAAUUGAGAAAUAAUUUGUUGGGACUACAGUGAUACGUGAUACCAAUUUUCAUCUUCCAAAUCUUGUAUCAGAAGCAUAACUAGGAGUCUGGAUCUCUCCUAAUCAGUUUACCUCUUGGGGAAUAACAGCUUUGUUUUUUCCCCCAUUUGGGCCAGUGUCAUAAGAUUUGGGGCCGGUGGUCUGUUCCUGUGGUCUGUUUUAUUAUUUAGCUUAUUGUUUUGUUGGUCAGGGUACACAGCAGUACAUGGUUUAUACACAUGGGAGGAGAGUGCUUGAUCAGGGAAAAAACAGGCCAAAAUUAAAUUACUUUGGAUUUGCUUCCUUUGGCCUCCUUGUCAUGAGAGGAAAGCUCCAGAAGCCACCGAUGGGAAGAAUCCACCUGCAGCUCUCUGCUGUAAACGAUCUGUUGUUCGUAAGCAGUGGGGAAAGGAGGGAAAGUUAGGUAGAAAAUAAUAUUUACGUAGCGUACGAAUCAUGUAAUUGAAAUUAAUACAUUUCAAACAGAUAAAGAAGGUACCAAAAACCAAGCUGAAAAAAUAAUAUAUAUGUAUCAGUGAGUAGUGGACAACGAUAGCUAAAAGGGUUAGAAAAUUAUUUGUUACCAAAAAAA